GUCCGUAAAACCUCGAUGGCCGAGAAACAUUCAGCGGCAGCGCGCGCGGACGAGGCGGCCCUGACUUUUGUUACCCCUGAGACUUCCUGAAGGACCCGGAGCGAAGGAGGAAGCCAGGAUACGGUGCAAGAGGAGUGGAGGACCCGCCAGAGGACUCCAAGAGGAUGCCUUCUGACCUGGAGGAGGCGGAGUACGCGGAGGAGGAGGAGGAGCAAGGAGAAGGAGAAGAAGGUGAGGAGGAACAGGGAGACUCCAAUGAAGAGGAACAGGAUGAAGAGUGGAGUGGUGGGAAGAGAAAGAGGAAAAAGAGCAAGAAGAGGAAGUCCUCACGUGGGGAACGAGGGCGUAAGAAGCGCAAGAAGAAGGACGAGAGUGAGAGUGAGGGUGAGUAUGAGGAAGACGGCCAGCGAGUGGACUCUGACUACAAUGCUGAGGAUGCUUCCCGGGGCAGGGGGCGCGGCAAGGGGCGGGGCCGGCCCUCCGCCCCCGCUGCCACACCCCUCCAGGAGAAUAAUGAGCAGAAUGGCGGAGGGGACCAGAUGCCGACCGUGGCAGAGGUGUGCGAGAGCUUCAGCUUGAAUGAUGUGCAGAUAGAGUACUCAGACAAUGACUACCAGACCCUGACCACCUACAAGCUCUUCCAGCAGCACGUGCGACCUCUCUUGGCCAAGGAAAACCCGAGGGUCCCCGUGUCCAAGCUGAUGAUGCUGGUGGCUGCCAAGUGGAGGGAGUUCACAGCCAGAGGACAGGAGGAUGAGGAGGAGGAAGAGGAGGAGGUUGCAGAGGAAGAAGAACCUGAACCAGAGCCUGUCCAAAUUGUUCCCAAGGGUCGAGGACGUCCGAGGAAGUCCAAGGUUGACGAGGAGGCCGAGGAGGAGUUCGACGAUGACAGCGAAGGCCUAGGCAAGAAGAAGCGCGGCCGCAAGCGCACCACUACUGCUGAGAGCAAGGCCAAGAAGGGAGGGAAGGUGCCCACGCUCAAGAUCAAGUUGGGGAAGCGGAAGAAGGACACCUCGGUGAGUCUGGAGGACGACUCUAGUCAAGACAGUGAUGCUGAGUUUGAACAGAUGUUGGCUGAGGCGGAGGACAUGAACAAGGCUGAAGACGAAGCCGAGCAGACCACCGGGCCCAAGAACAAGAAGAAGAGUAAGAUAGGAAGCAGGAGUCGCCGUAGGAAGCGCAUGAAGGCCAAGGACGAAGACGGCUAUGAGACUGACCACCAGUCUCCCCCCAACCAGGACUACUGUGAAGUGUGCCAACAAGGGGGUGAAAUCAUCCUCUGUGACACUUGCCCCAAGGCCUACCACUUAGUGUGCCUUGAGCCUGAACUUGAGGAGGCCCCAGAGGGCAAGUGGUCUUGCCCCACUUGUGAGGCCGAGGGGGUCAAGGAAGAGGAUGAACAUUUGGAGUACUGCAAGGUUUGCAAGGUCAGUAGCGAAAAGGAUGGCGGAGAGCUGCUGUGCUGCGAUUCAUGCGUCAAUGCCUAUCACACGUACUGCCUGUCACCUCCGCUGUUUGAGGUGCCAGAUGGAGAAUGGACCUGCCAGCGGUGUGCCUGUGAGCCCCUCCCUGGGCGCGUGCAGAAGAUCCUGUUCUGGAGGUUUGUGGAUCCACCAAAGCCUCCGGAGAACUGGAAGGAAAUCGUCGGGGAGACCAAGGUCGAGAAGUACCAGUUCAAGCAGCUGAGGGAGUUCCUGGUGAAGUGGGUGGACAUGUCUUACUGGCACUGCUCCUGGAUCUCCGAGCUGAUGCUGGACGUUUACCACCCUCAGAUGUUGAGGUCCUACUUUAAGAAGUUUGACCCUGACGAGCCGCCCACCCCUGGCAUUGAUGAUGAUGAUGAGCUUGGGUCACAGCGCCGCCACAAGAAGGAGUAUGAUCCGAACUCCCUGGAGGAAAGGUACUACAAGUAUGGCAUCAAGUCCACCUGGCUCAAGAUCCACCGAGUCCUGAACCACCGGACGCUGCGAGACGGUACCAUUCAGUACCUUGUCAAGUGGCGCGACCUUCCCUACGACCAGGCCACAUGGGAGGACGAGGACGAGGAGAUUGUCGGUCUCAAAACUGCCAUUGAGUUCUACCAUGACCUGCGUGCUGCCUGCAAUGCCGAUGUUGGCAAGAACAAGAAGGGGAAGAAGAAGGGCAAGUCCAGGACACGAGAACUGGGUGACGAGGACCGUGAGCCGUCAUCCCCGCGUCGCUACACUCCCCCGCCUGAGAAGCCAACCACCAACCUCAGCAAGAAGUGGGAGAAACAGCCGGACUAUAUCGAAAUGACCGGCCUCUCCCUUCACGAGUACCAGCUGGAGGGAGUCAACUGGCUUAGGUACUCUUGGGGCCAGGGAACAGACACCAUCCUGGCCGACGAGAUGGGUCUGGGUAAAACCAUCCAGACCAUUGCCUUCCUUUACUCCCUGUACAAGGAGGGGCACUCUAAGGGGCCCUUCAUUGUGGCCGUCCCGCUGUCCACCAUCAUCAACUGGGAGCGAGAGUUUGAGAUGUGGGCGCCGGAUUUCUAUGUGGUGACCUACGUGGGAGACCGAGACUCCAGGACGAUGAUCCGAGAGCACGAGUUGUCCUUUGAGGAGGGAGCCGUGCGCAGCGCCUCCAAGGCCACGCGCAUCCGCACCACCAACGUCAAGUUCAAUGUGCUGCUGACCUCCUACGAGAUGAUAUCCAUGGACCAGGCUUGUCUCGGCUCCCUGGAGUGGGCGUGUUUAGUGGUGGAUGAAGCGCAUAGGUUAAAGAGUAACCAGUCCAAGUUCUUCCGUGUAUUGAACCAGUACAACAUCUUGUACCGCCUGCUGCUGACGGGAACGCCCCUGCAGAAUAACCUGGAGGAGCUGUUCCAUCUCCUGAACUUCUUGUGUCCGGAGAAGUUCAACGAUUUGUCAGCCUUCCAGAAUGAAUUUGAAGACAUUGCCAAGGAAGACCAAAUCAAAAAGCUCCAUGACUUACUGGGACCUCACAUGCUCAGGAGGUUGAAGACUGAUGUGCUGAAGAACAUGCCAACCAAGUCUGAGUUCAUCAUCCGUGUGGAGCUCUCGCCACUCCAGAAGAAAUACUACAAAUACAUCCUGACCAGGAACUUUGAGGCCCUCAAUUCUAGAGGCGGUGGCCAGCAGGUGUCUCUUUUGAACAUCGUGAUGGACCUGAAAAAGUGUUGCAAUCACCCAUACCUGUUCCCUGCUGCCUCUGAGGAGGCCCCAAAGCUCCCCAAUGGCAUGUAUGUCACCAAGGACUUGGUCAAGGCCAGCGGCAAGUUCACGCUUCUGGAGAGCAUGUUGGAAAAGCUAAAGCGAGAUGGUCAUCGAGUGCUAGUUUUCUCCCAGAUGACAAAAAUGUUGGAUGUUUUGGAAGAUUUCUGCGAAGGUCUGGGUUACAAGUACGAGAGGAUUGACGGAGGCAUCACCGGCUUGGCUCGACAGGAGGCCAUUGAUAGGUUCAAUGCACCUGGAGCCCAGCAGUUCAUUUUCUUGCUCUCCACGCGUGCUGGUGGCUUGGGGAUCAACUUGGCCACAGCCGACACUGUCAUCAUUUACGAUUCUGACUGGAACCCCCACAAUGACAUCCAGGCCUUCUCUCGAGCCCAUCGUAUCGGUCAGGCCAACAAGGUGAUGAUCUAUCGGUUCGUGACACGUAACUCUGUGGAGGAACGAGUGACUCAGGUGGCCAAGCGAAAGAUGAUGUUGACUCACUUGGUGGUGCGGCCAGGCAUGGGCGGCUCGAAGUCCACCAACUUCUCCAAACAAGAGUUGGACGACAUUCUUAGGUUCGGUACUGAGGAGCUGUUCAAGGAGGAGUCUGGGAAGGAGGACGAAGCCAUCCACUACGACAACCAGGCCAUCGAGGAGCUCCUGGACCGCAGCAAGGAGGGCAUCGAGCAGAAGGAGAACUGGGCCAACGAGUACCUCAGCUCCUUCAAGGUGGCUUCCUACGUCACCAAGGAAGGAGAGGAGGAGGAAAUGGAGGAUGUGGAAGUGCUGAAACAGGAGGCCGACAACACCGACUCACAGUACUGGGAGCGCCUCUUACGGCACCACUUUGAGCAGCAGCAGGAGGAUCUCGCUCGCACGCUGGGCAAGGGCAAGCGUGUCAGGAAGCAGGUCAACUACAAUGACGCAGCAGAUGGCCGCGAGGACCUCACCUGGCAGGAACAAGGCUCGGACUACAACUCGGACUUCUCGCUACCGUCUGACAAUGACAACGAUGAUGAAUUUGACGAGAAGAAUGAAAUCGAUGGCAACAGACGCUCACGACGCAGGGGAGAUCGCCAUGACCGGGACCGUCCUCUGCCGCCCCUGCUGGCGAGGGUUGGCGGCAACAUUGAGGUACUUGGUUUUAACGCGCGCCAGCGGAAGUCAUUCCUCAACGCUGUCAUGCGGUACGGUAUGCCACCUCAGGAAGCCUUCAACUCUCAGUGGUUGGUGCGUGACCUUCGAGGGAAGAGCGAGAAGUGUUUCCGAGCGUACACAUCCCUGUUCAUGCGGCACCUGUGUGAGCCGGGCAACGACAACGCCGAAACAUUUGCCGACGGUGUUCCUCGCGAAGGGCUGAGCCGCCAGCAUGUGCUCACCAGGAUCGGCGUCAUGUCGUUGAUCCGAAAGAAGGUAUCAGAAUUCGAGACCAUAAACGGCCACUACUCCAUGCCAGAAGCCAUCCACAAGCCGGUGGAGCCUAUAGUGGGAGACAAGAGCAACGGAACCUCAGCCUCUGGCACUCCAGCAACCAGUGUCACACCCUCUCCGGCACCGUCAGUCAAGGGAGAGGUGGAGGAGAAGGAGGAAGACAAGAAAGAAGAAAAGGAGAAAACGGAGGAGAAAGAAAAGGAAGAAAUCAAAGAAGAAGAGCCAGAAAAGCAGGAGGCAAAGGAAACCGAGGAGAAGAAGGAAGAGGUAGCGACAGAAGUGAAGAAGGAGAAAGACAAAGAGGAAGAAGUAGUGGCUGUUGAAAAGGAAGACGAGACCGAAGAGAAAAAGCCUGCGGAAGAAGCCGAGAAGACCGAGAAGGCUGAGGAAGUUGUCAAAGAGGAGCAGGAGGCGGAGGCAGAAGAGAAGGAGGAGGAGAAGGCAGAGAAGAAGGAAGAGAAGCCGGCGACUGACGGGGACGAGAUCAAAGAAAUCACUCCUGAAACACAAGAGAAAGCGGAGGGUGAAAAGACUGAAGAAAAGAAAGAGAAAACAGAGAAGAAGGAAGAAGAGAAGGAAACAACCGUGAAGACCGAGGAUGAGAAGAAGGAGGAGGAGACCAAAGAGAAGGAAGGGGAGAAGGACAGUGAGAAGAAGGACGAGAACAAAAAGAAGGAGAUUGAGCCGAUUUCAAAGAGAAAGUUCAUGUUCAAUAUUGCCGACGGAGGCUUCACCGAGCUUCACACGCUGUGGCAGAACGAAGAGAAGGCUGCUGUGCCCGGCCGGGAAUGCGAGAUCUGGCACCGCAGGCACGACUACUGGCUGCUGGCGGGCAUCGUGACGCACGGGUACGGCCGCUGGCAGGACAUCCAGAACGACAUGCGCUUCGCCAUCAUCAACGAGCCCUUCAAGAUGGACGUGGGCAAAGGCAACUUCCUGGAAAUCAAAAACAAGUUCCUGGCGCGAAGAUUUAAACAGUUGCUGGAGCAGGCGCUAGUGAUUGAGGAGCAGCUGCGACGCGCGACGUUCCUCAACCUGCAGCAGGACCCACACCACCCCGCCUGCGCCCUCAAUGCUCGCUUUGCUGAGGUGGAGUGCUUGGCUGAAUCUCACCAGCACCUCAGCAAAGAGUCAUUGGCUGGCAACAAACCUGCCAAUGCUGUGCUCAAUAAGGUGCUCAACCAGCUGGAGGAGCUGCUGUCGGACAUGAAGUCAGAUGUGACACGGCUGCCAGCCUCCCUCGCUCGCAUCCCACCGGUUGCCCAGAGGCUGCAGAUGUCCGAGAGAUCCAUCCUGUCCCGUCUGGCCUCCGGGGCGGGUAAUUUGGACAAAAACAAUCAAGGUGCAGGUCCCGAGACGACUCCCUUCCCAGUGGGCUACUCCCCUGCCGGUCAGCUGCCAAAUCUGGGCAACACCACCUUUGCCAACUUCAGACCUCAGUACUCCCUUCCCGGCGCUGCUACAACCCCAGGUGCUGUGCAGGCUGCCUUCCCAGGUGGGACAAACAUGCCUGGGAGUUUGGCAAACCUGAGUGCCAGUCUGCACAUGCUGACGGCCUCCAACCCCCUGAUGGAGCAGCAGCCGCCCACCUCCCACUCCGGCACGAUCUCUGCCGCCACACGAGCGUCUCUUCUUCUUCACCAGCAGCAGCAGCAGCAGCAUCUUCAGCAGCAGUCACCAGACACCAAAAACUUAAUAUAUUUGGACUAAGGACUGAAAUUCAGUUAAUUCCAUGUUCACAACGGUUCCCCCAGCAAACCGAACUUUAGUCAUUCCGUGCUGACGAGAAACUUCUGAGUUGUCGUAAUGCCAUCAAUGUUUAAAGCACUUUUAGUAGAUCUCACGUACAUCUUAGAGCAGCAGAUUUUUAUUGUGCUUUGAGAUGUCUAUGGUUAUGGUAAGAUUUUUAUGUAAUGUGGAUUAAAUGGUAAUAAAUAUACCAAACCA